AUCAACAUUUUGCCUACCGGCAGCCGCCCCGUCUCUUCCUCCGGUAAAGCUAUUAGCUUUCGAGUGUUUGAAGCCCAUGAAGCUUUUGCAACGUCGUCUAAAUGCGCAAAGCUUGUUCAUUGUUGUGGCGGCCGUUCUUUGGCAACCGUUUGGCGUUGCCUCAAUUCCGAUCCCGGAAUCCAAUUGCUAUGCCCUUGAUAAUUCUAGUCGCCUUGUUGAUUUUAGUAGUUGGAUAGGAAUUCCUUUCGAGUACGAGGGGAAGUAUUCUGAUGUGGUGGUCCGGUUUUGCAAAGAUGUGGAGAGCAGAUCACAAACAGGGUAUGUUGGGUUUGGCCGAUUUGACAAGUUCAACCACUUUGUUUCUGGCUCGGGAAGUGUGAACUUUGUUCAAGGGUUUUACCAUGGAGACCUGAUGAAUUGUGAGGACAGUCCUGACAAAAUGGGACGUACUGCUCAGGUAAAUAUUAUAUGUGGAAGUUGUUUAAAUGGUGAAUGUAAAGGUGGAGUUGGAUGCAUAUGCAAUGUCACUUACGAAUCCACUUGCAGAGCUGUUGUCGAACUUGCCAUUCCUUGUAAGGAACCAGGUCAACGUGUAUUUGAGGGCUUCACUGUUGGUUUUCAUCCAAGAUCAUGGGAGAUUGUCUAUAAUGGCAUGACUCAGUUGGGUUUUGAAAGGGCUCACCAUGAGUUCAGCUUCAGGACUGAACAGUUUCAUGUAGCUCUUUAUAUGACUGCUAUUGCUUCUCGUUCCACUCUGGUACAAAAGCCUAUUGUCCAGGUUUUUCCUGACAGUGGCCUGGAGGUUAAGUUAUCGGGAUCAGGGGCAGCUGGAAAAUCUCCUACAACUUUGUCACCGUCAAUGUUGCUAAUAGACUGGAGAUGUGUUAAGGUCCGUGAUGCCCCAUACGUGGUUAACAUCACUAUUCCAGUUGAGGGUUAUGAGCCAAUUGAGUUUUUCCUUACAAAAAUGUGUGAAUACACACAGGAUCAAGGGGGAGAUGCUACUAGAGGCUGGGCUGUAUUUGGAGUAAUAUCUUUCAUAUUCAUGGUCUCAUCAAUCCUAUUCUGCUGUGGAGGAUUUGUCUACAAGACACGAGUGGAACGUCAGCAUGGGAUUGAUGCAUUGCCCGGCAUGGCAAUUCUCUCUGCCUGUUUAGAAACUGUAAGUUUAUGGCACUUCCAAGCCAAAGUAAUCUUUCACUCGAACCUUGCACUUUUUGGUUCCUAGGUCAAGUUGGUAAUUGUAGCACUUUGGAGGUCACUGGUGUUUGGACUGCUACUUUAGCCAAUGUCUCAUAUUACUACAGUAGAAGUUGUUAAUGGGAAAGCAAUGGCUGAUUAAACAUUUCUACUAACUGAUAGCCAAUUUACACUGUGUUUCAUAUCUUUUUUCUCGUACCUACUGGUCAGAAAAACAUUAUCCCAAGAUUCAUAAUUGAUUCUAAGUAGCAUUCUAGCUCUGCAAAGUAGGUAAAUUCAGCUCAGUCAAUACCAUCUAUGGUUGUCUUUAGGUGGAAGUUAAUAAUUAAUAAUUAGGUGAAAACAGAACAUAGAGUUGCAAGUUUUCUCUAUGUUAAUUGAGUCUGGAGAUGUAAUAUGACAGGUGAGUGGAGCAGGGCAAAGCUACUCACGCCAUGAAGAUCUCAAUGCUGCGUUUGCGAGGGAGGCCUCUUGGGAGCACCAACCUGUUCCUGCCCAAGGAACAUGGAGACCAAGUGAAAGAAAAUAUGGUUCCAUGUAAAUUUUCUAUACCCUCUUAACAUCUCAUCAAAAUUUUCUUCUAUACAUUCACUUGUAUCAAAAUAGAAGCAACUAUGAAGUUAUACAAUCAAUUGAAUUCCCUUUUUAUGUAAACAAUAUCAUUGGAAUUGUUUGUGAUCUAAAAUACAGAAUUCGCCAUGAA